UUGCCAUCUGGAGACGGUGCAUCACAGUGUCUUACAAAUGCCCUUAGCCAUUUAAUUGAUUAAGUUUGGAAGUUAUCUUGCUAUGUAAUGUAUCACAACUUCACUUUCAGAUCUCAGGCAUGUGACAGUGGUGGCAAAGCUGGAAAUGCCUUGAGGUUUAUGCUGUGGUGCGGAGACCUGACACAAGAGCCUGCGUUUUAAAUGUCAGAUGUGACGGCAAAGCUCCAGAUCCGAGCGAACCUUAUAGUUAUCUGGGAAAGUUGCCAUCUGAGCUCGAUCUUGACUGUUUCCAAUUGACCAAUUGACAAUUUAUCUUUCACAAGAGUGAUUGACUUAACUUUCCAAUGCCUUUGUGUUUCAGCCCUGAAAUGUCAUUUUUCACAACUAUUAGCAACUGUGACUGAUUAUUUCUAAAGCACGUAUUUGACAAUAUAGUUUAAUCGUGCAAGGCAGGUAGUGUGGUGUAGUGUUUGUGUCUAGCGACACAGUCAGGAUGCAUUGUAACCAUCACUUUACGCUCAGUUAUAAAGCUAAAAGGCUGCGGUAGGAGCUGACUCCAUCCUUCAGAAUAAAAGUAAAACGUGUCUCCUCACAGUUGCGACACAAUGGGUUGAUUCGAUUUAAUUCCCCACCGUUCACCUAGUGUGAGUAGCAUUUAUUUUCACGGCUAUGGAUAUAUCCCCAAAAAUAAUUAAUGCACAACUAUUUCUUUUUGCAGCUUGGGGCGAGGCUUUUAUUCUGAAAACAAACACAGGGACGCCUGCAUUAUGACUGCAUGGCUUGAUGAUGAGAUGUUUCAUUCUCACCUGGGGAGAGAGGCUGACAGAGGCUGAGCAUCCCGUCCUGCCGGAGGGUGAUAGUGAUGCAGUGUCGUUGAGGAAAGCGCCACGCUGGAGUGAGCGGAGGACACUGCACCUUCAUCAUGUCCUGGAUGUUUCUCACUCUGUGUUUGGCUCCAACUGCUUUAUCGAGCCUGCAUCCUGAAUGUGAGUUCAUAUAUCAGUUGGAGAAAGAGGAGCAUCGCUGCCUCCAGUUCAUUGUGGCGCAGGCCAACAGAAGCCACGAAGGUUGUCGGGCAUUUUGGGAUGCAGUCGUUUGUUGGCCUCACGCAGGCAUUGGAGACACGGUCCACAGAGGUUGUCCUGCAGUCCUAUCCCUCUUCAGAAACAACACAGGUGCAGUGAGCCGCAACUGCACCGCCGGAGGUUGGUCCCGGCCCUUCCCACCGUACCACAUCGCCUGCAGCGUGGAUGAUGACAUUCCCGAGACGGAAGAGUCAUACUUUGCCACUGUGAGGCUGAUAUACACCGUCGGCUACAGCCUUUCUCUGGUGGUGCUGGCGGUUGCUGUGCUGAUCCUGUUGCUCUUCAGGAGGCUACGUUGUGCCAGGAACUUCAUUCACAUCCAGCUUUUCAUUGCGUUUAUCCUGAAAUCCACGGCAGUGUUCAUCAAGGAUGCCACUCUGUUCUCAAGUGACGACAUCAACCACUGCACCCUUUCCACGUUCGCCUGUAAGGCCUCUGUGGUCUUCUGUCACUACUGUGUAAUGGCAAACUUUUUCUGGCUCCUGGUGGAGGCGCUCUACCUCAAUUCCCUGCUGCUCUCCUCUUUCAGUCACAGCCGGCGAUGCCUGUGGGGCUUCAGCCUGCUGGGAUGGGGUGUACCUGUGCUCUUCAUCACCCUGUGGAUUGGAUCCAGGCUGUAUUUUGAGGACACAGAAUGUUGGGACAUCAACGAGAACUCGCCCUAUUGGUGGAUCAUCAAGGGACCAAUUGUUGUGUCUAUUGCGGUAAAUUUUAUGCUCUUCAUGAACAUCGUGAGAAUCCUAAUACAGAAGCUCAAUCCUCGGCUGAUCCAGUUCAAUAACUCCUCUCAGUACAGACGCCUGACUAAGUCCACCCUCCUCCUCAUCCCUUUGUUUGGCACUCACUACAUGUUCUUCAAUUUUCUGCCUGACUACUUCAGCAUUAACCUGCGGCUCUGUUUCGAGCUCUGCUUGGGAUCCUUCCAGGGGCUCCUUGUAGCAAUCCUCUAUUGCUUUCUCAAUCAAGAGGUCCAGAAAGAGGUCCACAUGCAGUGGCUGAGGUGGCAGGAGAGGAGCUAUGGCGUGGUGUCGCCUGCUGCUAAGGGCAGCCAGAUGGACACGCCCUUCUAGAGUGUUCUGAAAAUGCCGUAACCCUUUUUCCUGUCUGAUCUAACUGUACUUUUAAAGCGGAUUUGCUUCUGUGCAUGUCAUCAUCUCUAAUGGGCAGCACAGUUCGUACAAAACACCAGUUUAUGGUGUCGAUGCUCGUUAAGAUACAGUACAACACGUUUAAUUUACAUUGUGGUAGAUGCUUUAAGCUGUUUGAACAUGUGAUACUUGAGGCAGACUGUAUCUUUUGACAGCCAAGUGACGCACAAAUGAUUCAUCACUCAAGUUAAAAUAAUUCUGAACUGCUUGUUCAGCACACGUAAACUGAAAGUAUGCAUAUGCUUUAUUGUGAUCUUUGUACUAUGAUCUUUUGUACUAUAUUUCGUCAUUAAUUCCUUUACAGUAUGGAUCAAAAUUAAAAUGACACACCCCUAUUGAUUGUGGUGUUGUCGAGUGCAGCUUCAUAA